UAAUCGCCGCUCAGUUGAUCAGAGUCACUCGAACGCGCCGCUGCUCAACGAUUCCGAAUUGGCGCGAAAACAAAUACAAAAAAAAUAAAGUUACAAGUUUUGUAUAUAGUAUAAACGCUCAAAUAUUUACGUGCUGCAUCGGAUUCGUCGGCGAUUGGAAAUGCUCACGAUGUGAUGUUUGCCCAGAGCUGCGCCCAGUCAGCCGAUCUGCCAUAUAAUAAUCUAAUCCCUGGCGAAAAUGUUCUACCCAAUCUGCUAAGUAGGAAGGCCAACACAUAACACAGAGGAAAUUGAAAUCUGGUUACGUGACUGUUUCGAUCGGUCGACAUGCAUUUAAGCAAUGAAACGGAAAUGAACCAAUGUCCCAAGACGAAACGUAGACUCAUAGAUCCUUCUGCCCCCAAAAACUGCAGUACUUCGUCGACGGACUCGGGUGUUAUACUGAACGAUAAUGCGGCAACAUUCCGGCCGGAGAAGGAGACGAAGAAGGAGACCAAAGACGGGGGGUCGGACGAAGGGCAGUUCCAAUCAAAAUCGGAUGCGAAAACGGAACCCAAGCGUAUCAGCAUCGAGCACACUGUGAAUAUAACAAAGGAAAAUGCUGGAAAGUCAUCUUCGCCGACGGUUUCCAUACGGAGCACCACCAUUUCCAUUGUGUCCAUCGAUGAGAACGCGAUCGACUCCAGUUGUAUUGAUAGUGAUUCGGAGGCCGACGAUGCCGAGGAUUACACGGUCCAGAAGCUGGGUCACCAGGUCACCUACCCGCCCAACAGUUCCCACCUGCGCGACCUCAAUCAGGGUCUGACGGUGAUCAGUCACCAGGUGGGUCCCGGCCAGGCGUCAGUCCCACCUCCGAAUCCCAUGGAGGCUGGUGUCGUGGCCAAGCAAAUAUUGAACGGCAGUCUGGCCGUGGCCACGCCCACUUCUCCGCCGGGCGGAGCAGCCCAGGGAAUCGGGAGCAUCGCGCUGACCAACUCCACGGACGUGACCUUCGGCGACAAGCAUUUCUACGAGGGACCCGUCACGAUACAGCAGUUUCUCAUCGACAAUCGGGACAAGUGGAAAGCGGGCGAGGGCCCAGGAGGCGGUCAGGAUAAUCCCGCCUUUAAUGGUGGCGCUACAGUGAAUGGGAGUGCGCCGGGUUCCAAAUUGGAUGAUCCGGCGCAGACGCCACCUCUCUGCCCCUUUCUACCCAACACUAUUGGGCGCAAGGCCGUCACAAUAACGGUGGUUUUCGUGCUAUUGACCACUCUGCUGGGCAUUGUUCUGGCCACAACAACCAACAUCUUCGGCAAGACGUUGAACCAAAAUCUGGACAACAUUGGUGGCGGCUUGAUACUGCGGUUUGUGGAGCGUCAACAAUGGCUCGCCCAGCCGCCGCAGAGGACGGUACCGGAUCUGGUGCAGCCGGUGAAAAUGGUCAUCGUCCUGCCCACCAACUCGGACAAUUGCACCACCCAGGCGCAGUGUGUGUUCCGAGUGCGCCUGCGUCAGUCCUUCGACAUUGAGUCGGUGCAGGAGGACGAUAUAGUCUUCAACUUCCUGAUCGGCGGCGAUGGCAAUGUGUACGUGGGACGUGGCUGGGAUCAGGUGGGCGCCCACAUGCCCGGCUAUAACUCGAAGAGUCUUAGCCUGGCCUACAUAGGAUCGUUUCAGACCCUCAAGCCGUCGGACAAGCAGCUCAGCGUCACACGUCUUUUGUUGGCCAAGGGAGUGAAGCUGGGCAAACUCGACCCCAACUACCGACUCACAGCGGCCAGUAAGUUAGAGCCAAGUUUGACCCAGUACAAGGCGGAUGCCCUCUACCAAAGCUUCGGCAAUUGGACUCAUUGGUCGUAAAUAGUUUUCUAUAGUACAUAUAUGCGCAGCUUCAAUUUAUGGAUGUUCUCAUUCAUUUUCGUCUUGAUAUUGUAGCAUAGGUGUUCUCUCUUUAAUGUGUGGCAUAUUUGAUUUAGCUAGAAUUACGAUUCGUUUGAAAAAAUGUGAUAUUAAAUAAAGAAAAAUAAUAA